GGAAUGAAGGAGGCAGCGGGCAGGCGCGAUGAUGGCGGCCGGGAAGCCGCGGGGCGGCGCGCAGAGGAAGCCGAGCCGGCGGCGCGAAGGAAAUAAGAAUCCAGAUGCUCUGAAGAAUGAAGACGCUGCUCAAAGGAGAGCAGCUCUGGAGGCUGCUGUAAGAAAGAAGAUUGAAUUUGAGAAAAAAGCAUUGAAUAUUGUUGAACAACUCCUGGAAGAGAACAUUACUGAAGAGUUCCUCCUGAAUUCUGGAAAAUGUAUUACUCCAUCUCACUAUAAAGACAUUGUUGAUGAACGGUCUAUCAUCAAACUAUGUGGUUAUCCUCUAUGUCAAAAUAAACUGGAAAAUGUGCUGAAACAGAAGUACAGAAUUUCAACAAAAACAAACAGAGUUUAUGACAUCACUGAAAGAAAGUGCUUUUGCAGCAACUUUUGCUAUAAAGCAUCCAAAUAUUUUGAAGCUCAGAUUUCCCAAAGUCCAGUAUGGAUGCGAGAAGAAGAAAAACCACCAGACAUAGAGCUGCUGAAGAAGGGACAGAGUGGACAGUCUGGAGAAGAGGUGAAAAUACGUGAUGAAGUAAUUAAAGCAUCUGACAUUGAAAAUCUCAGGAUAUCUUCAAAUCCAUGUGAAUCUACUUCUCAAGACAAAGCCAGUGACAGCAGUAGUGAUACUGAACAAGAAUUUGUUUCUUCUGUCCUACCAGGAAGUCAGUCAAGUUCAGCCAGUUUUGCACAGCAUUUGCACAGAAACAGCAUCCUCAAAAAGAAGCCCGCUCAGAAAGUCUUUUCCAGCCCUAAAACUGAAGACUCAAAUGUGGUAGAAGCCACUGAGCGACUAUCUAAUUGUAAAUUAGAUGCUCAGGAAGAAAAGCAUGCCUGCUCUGAUCAUAGUGAAGUAACUGCAACACCUUCAACAAGUGCUGCUCCAGGGAAACCAAGUGCUUCAGCAGACUGUGAAAAUACCUGUGGUUCACAGAUAGUUUAUCUAGGUGUAAGCAAAAGAGGGGCAGAACAUCUUAAAAGAACACUAGCUACCUCAAAAGAACAUAGAGCACCUGAUCUGAGGCAUCCAGUUAAUUCCAAGGGCAGUUUAUUACAAGUGCUUAAGCAAACACUUACAGAAUGGAGAACUGAGGAAACUUUAAAAUUUCUCUAUGGCCCAAACUACACUUCUUUGUGUUCUUCAAAGAGUGUAGUAUCUGCCAAUCAGGAGAAUGAAGAACUUGAUGAGGAUGACUUAGAUACAGCUGAGGAUCUUAACACUGGCACUGUAGGGGAGUCUGAAAACAGUUUGAACUAUUCUUUACCUUUCACAGGCCCGGGUGGAAUAGUUAAGCCAGUGCCUAGUUAUGAAAAGUUAAAAGAAGAAACAGAGUUCCUAGAACUCCGAGUAAAAGAGUUCUAUAAAGGAAAGUGCAUCUUGGCUGAAGAGGCGGUGACAAGUGCACAAGCAGAGGAACGUCCAAGCAAAGAUGAAGAUGAUCAACAGGAAGAUCUCGCCUUCCCACUUGUUGAUUCAAAUGCACAAAUGCAGAUUAGAAAGAGAAUUGUCCUUGAAAAACUGAGAAAAGCACUGCCUGCAGUUUUGGGCCCUCUUCAGAUUCCUCCAGGUGAUGUUUACACAGAGCUAAAACAUCUUGUCAAAACUUUCCGGUUAACAAACAGAAACAUUAUUCACAAAAUGCCUGAAUGGACUCUAAUUGCUAUUGUUUUGUUAUCUGUAUUGUCACAAACUACUCCACUUUUCAAGAGUACUGAGACGAGCCCAAUGCACUCCCAGUUCCUGACUACGUUGCUGGAAGAACUGCAUUUCACAAAUGAAGAUCUGGAAAGUUUAACAAGAAUCUUUCUAAAGGACUGUCUGCUUCAAUGAAUAAGGUGAUCAUCUUAACAUCUCCUGCUACCUGAAAUAGUGGCACAGAGAACAGAAAAACACCUUCAAUUGUUGGACCUUCUUUCUUUUAAAAGAAAGAUGAAAUUUACUCUUUAAUUGUACUUCUUGCACUUCUGAUUUUUCAUUUCCUUCCUAUGAAUAAGAAUUCUCAAGUCUUGUGGAGAAGCAACCUGUAACAGCAGUUGUUUAGGGGUAUGCAUGAAGACUACUUAAAAUGUAGAUCUGAAAACCGUCGACUUAAAAGCAGUAGAAAGGAAUUUGGAUUGGUUCGUAUUUUACUUGCCUUGGAAAUCUUCAGCCAAAAUUUGUCUACAGGAACUGGGGAAAGAAAGGAAAGAAAAAACAAAGCAAACAGAUUAGCCUGGAGUGUUAGGAAUACUGCUGCUGCCAUUUUUCCAGUUAAUCCAAUGCUUGGAGCAGUAAUCUUUAAGAACAAUGACAAGAGUACAUGAAGAUGUCUGAUAUAUAGCCUGUUUAUCUUGCUGCUUAUAAGAAAAGGGGUGGUCUUUGAACUUGUGUAAAAGUUAAACAGCUUCUAAUUGUUACUAAUUUGGACUUUAAAAUAUAUUUUAAUAACUAAAAACUUUA